AUGGAUUCCAGAUUUUGGUGGCAGAUCCUCCUCAUCUUCGCCAUGGCCUCCACCAGAGCUCUCUCUCAGUCCACCGACGCCCGCGGCUUUCUCACCAUCGACUGUGGCAUGGAGCCCGGUUCGUCCUACGUCGACCCCUUCACCAACAUCUCCUACGUCUCCGACGCCGGCUUCAUCGACACUGGCGUCAACCACAACACCUUCGUCGCCUACGUGGGCGAAUUCUGGACCCCUGGGCUCAACACUCUCCGUGCCUUCCCCAACGGCACCCGCAACUGCUACACCAUUCGGUCGCCGGCGGUGGCGCGGGGGUCGAAGUACCUCCUUCGGGCGUGGUUCUUCUACGGAAACUACGACGGCCGGCUCGGCCAGCAGCUGUCCUUCGACCUCCACCUCGGCGUCAACUACUGGGCGGGGGUGGACGUGCUCAACGCAGAGUCAUCCAACUGGAGGGAAACCAUCACGAUGGCCACCGCCGGGUACUUUUCGGUGUGCCUAGUGAACACCGGCAAGGGGACGCCGUUCAUCUCCGAGAUCGACUUGCGGCCGCUGAAGGACAGUCUCUAUCCGGCGGCUAACGAGUGGCGGAGUUUGCUGUUGGGCAACCGGUGGAAUUUGGGAGUGCAGUCUGGCAACGGGAGGUCUAGGUAUCCGGACGACCCGAUCGAUCGGGUGUGGGAUCUAUUGAACUCCACGCCGAGGAAAUGGAACGACGUCUCCACCAACUCCAUCGUCCGAAACCUUCCCCAGGACUCCUUCGAAGUUCCCUCCGUCGUCAUGCAGACCGCCGUCACCCCCAUCAACUCCUCCAGCCUCGUCAUCCCAUGGAAUCCCCUCCCCGGCUACGUCAACCAGUUCUUCCUCAUCCUCCACGUAUCCGAGAUCUUAGACCUCUCCGGCACCAAUCAAUCGCGGCAGUUCAACAUCUACGUGAAUGGAUUACUGUGGCUGCCGGAAAUAGUGAUCCCCCCUUACCUCUACUCGGGCUUCGUCUACAGCCUCGUGCCCCUCCCUUCUUUCCCCACCUAUAACAUCUCCCUCCAGGCUCUCGGCAACUCCACUCUCCCGCCCAUCCUCAAUGCCUUCGAGCUCUACAUGACCAUGAGCAACACCUCCGUGCCCUCGGAUGCUGGAGAUGUUGAUGCUAUGACAGCGAUCAAGGAGCGGUAUCAGAUCCAGAGGAAUUGGAUGGGAGAUCCAUGUUCCCCUAGUGCUUUUGUUUGGGAUGGAAUAAAUUGUACUCAUAACUUGUCAAAUUCUCCAAGAGUCACUGCUUUGAGCCUGUCAUCAAGUGGGCUGACGGGGGAAAUAACCAAAUCUUUUGCUAGUCUUAGUGCACUUCAACACUUGAACUUAUCUUACAAUAAUUUAACAGGGCCAAUACCGGAUGAUCUAGCAAACUUAAGUUCUCUCAAACUACUUGAUUUGACAGGCAACCAGUUAAAUGGAUCAGUUCCUUUAAACCUCCUUGAAAUGUCACAAAAUGGAUCACUUACGUUAAGAUUGGAUGACAAUCCACAUCUUUGUUAUAAUGAUUCAUCGUGCAAUGUGAUAUCAACACCCGUGAUCCUGAAGGUUUUCAUUUGUUUUUCAGCAACGGGCAACCUACAUAUAGAUUCAAAAAAUUGUUGAUGGCGUACAAAUUUACUUGAAUAUCUAUCCUAGUUUUAAUGCAGCAAAGAUUUUUUUCUUUUAGUUUUAUGGAAAUGUAGCUAAAUUGGAGUGAUUUAAUAAUCUUUAGAUACAUUUCCAUAAAAUUGGUAAAUUAUUUGAUUAAAAAGUGUUUCCAAUAGUGAGAUAAGAUAUUUUAUGAAA